AGACGCGGAACUGCUGGGAUCGCGCCAUGGCCUGGGCCCCUCUCCUCCUCGCGGUGCUCGUCCACGGCUCAGGUUCCCUGGUCCAGGCAGCGCUGACUCAGCCGCCCUCGGUGUCAGCGAACCCAGGACAAACCAUCCAGAUCACCUGCUCCGGGGUUUACAGCAGUGGCAAUGUUGGCUGGUACCAGCAGAAGGUGCCUGGCACUGCCCCUGUCACUGUGAUCUAUGACAGUGACAACAGACCCUCGGGCAUCCCUUCGCGAUUCUCUGGAUCUUACUCCGGCUCCACAGCCACAUUAACCAUCUCUGGGGUGCAAGCCGAGGACGAGGCUGUCUAUUACUGUGGUAGCUACGAAGGCAGCAGCUAUGGUGUUUUCGGGCCCGGGACCAUGCUGACCGUCCUAGGCCAGCCCAAGGUCUCCCCCACCGUCCACCUCUUCCCGCCCUCCAAGGACCAGCUCUCGACGCAGAACAAAGCCACCCUGGUGUGUCUGAUGGGAGACUUCUACCCCGGUGCCGUGCAGGUGAGCUGGACGGCCGACGGCAAGGCCCUCAGCAGUGGCGUCGAGACCAGCCAGCCCCAGCGGCAGACCAACAACCAGUACAUGGCCAGCAGCUACCUGACACUGAGUGCCUCCGAAUGGCAGCGAUACGACACCUUCGCCUGCAAGGUCACACACGAGGCAGGCAAUGUGGAGAAAAGCCUGAAGAGAUCCCAGUGCUCCUAAUGCUGCCAGGACCUUCCUGCGCCCGGUGGCCCCCCGCCGGCCCCCUCCCUCUUCCCUGCUGCUGGGGACAGCAGCUCCCCCCCCACACAGAUGUCUCUCCCCACAUCCCCCUGUCCCCUGCUCCUGACCCCCCCGCCCUGAGUGUCACAUGAAUAAACACCGACACUGAACUAGCGCUGGCUCAGCA